AUGAGCAGUUUCUUGCCUGGUCGGCUUCCAAGCCUUGCCGAAUUUGAUGCAGGCGUCCAAUUGCUCACAAAGCGGAAAAAGUCUCUGCGCCGCGGUCGUUCCCUAGCGCAUGGGAAAAGGUACACAGUCGAGCAGUCCGACUUCAUUAUCUAUGCCCGUCACGAGAUGAAGUGGUCUUGGAACAAAGUCAGAGACGCUUUUGCGAUGACCUUCCGGCAGGAACGAACUGUUCCUUGCCUCCAAGGAUGCUACUACCGGACUAACAUGCAUAUCCCUAUGUGGGACGCCGAGGGUUUCCUUCUCUUCGGUGAGAGAGACGCCACGAAACCUUUGCAAUUCAAUCUCAAAGGCGCGCAAGCACCGCCGGAUGAAGACGUUGGUCUCGCACGUCGGCAUCCGGAGAGGGCUGCCUUGUACAGCUGGGUUCAUCCCUCGGUGCAAAGCCAGGCGCGCGCUUGGGCGAUGAAACGACAAGAACAGCUACGGGAACGCGGACAAAGACGGAAGGAUGCCCUGAAAUCUAGUGGAGCUGCGAAGCCUAAAUACCCAGACACCCUGCCGUUGUAAUGCCAUUGGAUGCCAGAUCUCGUGAGUGCCGUCGUACUACUUGAGGUCCCAGGUAUGAUGGAGAGCGGAGAGGACCCGUGACCCAGGCGGAUGAUAAUAUCCGCCGGAGGAUGUUGAUAUAGUUGCUGCAUGCUGCUCUGCUGCUGCACCAAAGCUCAUCUGCCACAUUGAUUGAAGCAUCUACUAGUCCUGUGUC